ACAAAACCACCUUGUAGUUGUAGCAGAUCUUGCUAUCUACCGCCCGGUGUGCACAUCUAUCAGAUUAUUCAGUACAGUGCCGCGGAUUAUGAAUUGAAGUACACUUCUGAUUUAACAAUAUCCACUGACUGUUGUACGUCUUUCCAAAAAUAAUUCAAACACGUUUCUGUUAUUUUAAGGAGUUAUUGACGUCAACAUUUCAUACAAUAGUAGAAUACAGGCAAGGUAACGUUAGCGUGGAAGAUGUCAGUGGUGGGAAUUGAUGUGGGCUUUCAAAGCUGCUAUGUUGCUGUAGCUCGAGCCGGAGGAAUUGAGACCGUGGCUAACGAAUACAGCGACCGAAGUACACCAGCAUGUGUGUCCUUUGGACCACGGAAUCGUUCAGUAGGCGCGGCAGCGAAAGGCCAGGUUGUAACAAAUUGUAAGAACACUGUUCAAGGGUUCAAGCGAUUCCAUGGCAGGGCAUUCUUAGACCCCUAUGUCCAGUCAGCAAAAUCUAGCUUGGUUUACGACCUGGCCCAGAUGCCUUCUGGGAUGACCGGCAUCAAGGUGAUGUACAUGGAGGAGGAGAAAGUCUUCAGCAUUGAACAAGUCACUGCCAUGCUGCUGACCAAACUGAAGGAGACUGCUGAGACGGCAAUGAAGAAACCUGUGGCUGACUGUGUCAUCUCUGUCCCCAGCUUCUACACUGAUGCAGAGAGGAGGUCUGUCAUAGAUGCAGCUCAGAUUGCAGGGCUCAACUGCCUACGACUCAUGAAUGAGACCACUGCAGUUACACUGGCAUAUGGGAUCUAUAAACAGGAUCUCCCUGCCCCUGAGGAAAAACCAAGAAAUGUGGUAUUUGUAGAUUUGGGCCACUCUGGUUAUCAGGUCUCUGUCUGUGCAUUCAACAAAGGAAAGCUCAAGAUGCUAGCUUCUGCGUUUGAUGCAGAAUUGGGUGGCAAAGACUUUGACGAGGUGUUGGUGAACCAUUUCUGUGAAGAGUUUGGCAAGAAGUACAAGCUGGAUGUGAAGACCAAGCCCAGAGCCCUGGUUCGUCUCUACCAGGAGUGUGAGAAGCUCAAGAAGCUGAUGAGCGCCAACUCCUCUGAUCUGCCCCUCAACAUCGAGUGCUUCAUGAAUGACAUCGACGUGACUGGGAAACUCAACAGAGGCCACUUUGAGGAGAUGUGUGCAGGGCUUCUGGCCAAAGUGGAAGCUCCCCUGCACAGCGUCAUGGAACAAGCCAAGCUGAAGAAGGAAGACAUCUACGCUGUGGAAAUUGUGGGCGGGGCCUCCAGGAUCCCUGCCGUCAAAGAAAGAGUCAGCAAAUUCUUUGGAAAAGAGCUGAGCACGACAUUAAACGCAGACGAGGCUGUCGCAAGAGGAUGUGCACUGCAGUGUGCAAUCCUGUCCCCUGCCUUCAAAGUCAGAGAGUUUUCCAUCACGGAUGUCGUCCACUAUCCCAUAUCCUUGAAGUGGAACUCUGCCGCAGAGGAGGGGUUAAGUGAUUGCGAGGUAUUCCCAAGGAACCAUGCUGCACCCUUCUCCAAAGUGUUGACAUUCUACCGGAGAGAGCCCUUCUCCUUGGAGGCGUACUACAACAACCCCAAAGAGCUGCCGUACCCGGACCCCACAAUAGGUCAGUUCAUCAUCCAGAAAGUGGUUCCCCAGGCAAAUGGUGAGAGUUCAAAGGUCAAGGUGAAGGUCAGGGUGAAUGUCCACGGGGUCUUCAGCGUGUCCAGUGCCUCUCUAGUAGAGCUCCUGAAACCUAAUGAGGGAGAGGAGCCAAUGGAGACAGACCCAGCCGGGAAGGAAGAGGAGAGUAAGAUGCAGACUGAACAAGAUGACCAAAAAGCCAAAGGUGAUGGACAGAAAGACGACGCUGACAAGAAGUCAGAGACUGAGGAAAUGGAGACAUUGGAGGAUGGAAAACAGGAGAAGAAUCACGCUCCAUCGGCAAAGAAACCCAAAGUGAAAACGAAGACUGUUGAACUCCCAAUCGAAAACAGCCUGCACUGGCAACUAACCAAUGACCUGGUCAAUCUGUUCAUGGAGAAUGAGGGUAAGAUGAUUAUGCAGGACAAGCUGGAGAAGGAGAGAAACGAUGCCAAGAACAAUGUAGAGGAGUACGUCUAUGAGAUGAGGGACAAACUGCACGGAGUGUUGGAGAAGUUUGUCAGUGAAUCUGACCGAGACACCUUUGCAUUAAGACUUGAGGACACAGAGAACUGGUUGUAUGAUGACGGCGAGGACCAACAGAAACAAGUGUACAUCGACAAACUGGCUGAAUUAAAGAAACUUGGGCAGCCCGUCCAGGAAAGAUACAUCGAGGCUGAGGAGAGACCAAAAGCAUUUGAUGAACUCGGAAGGCAUAUCCAACAGUACAUGAAGAUUGUAGAAGCAUACAAAACAAAGGAGGAGCAGUAUGAGCAUUUGGACGAGUUGGAGAUGUUGAAGGUGGAUAAGCAGGUGAACGACGCCAUGAUUUGGAUGAACAGCAAAAUGAAUGCGCAGAGCAAACAGAAUUUUACCCAGGAGCCUGCCGUCAAAGUCCAGGAGAUUCAAGCGAAAACAAAGGAGCUUUACUCAGCUUGCAACCCUAUUGUCUCAAAACCCAAGCCCAAAGUGGAGAUCCCCAAGGAUGAGAAGGAAGAGCAGAAUGGACCUAUUAAUGGACAGGAGGACACAGAUGCCCAGCCAGGCAGCCCAGAGAAGGGUGCAGCAGGGAGCACGGUGGCUCCUGAAUCUGCAGAGGGCAACAAACUGCCUCAGAUGGACAUUGACUAACUGCUGCAGCUGCCCCAGCCUUCUCUCCCCACCCGCCUCGCACCUCUGAGUUCUUACUGAUUAUAGCCUUUCUUUUGAUGACACAGUCAAACUAUUCCUAUAAGUACUGUCAAGCAGCCUUCUUGGCAUGUUCCACUAUUUUUUGCUGAAUACAAUGAAUGCAUAUUGAUCAAGCUGUUUGACAUCAAAUAUUGUGAGUGCCGCAGGAUGGAAACUUGCUUUCUGUGUAUUGCUUCAAUGGCCAUUUAGUAAGGAAUGUUCUCAGCCUCUCUAGCCUAUUUCCACUGAGAUUGAAAUAUUACGAGGUCGUAAGCAGUGAAAAAACUAGUACAGAAGUUUAGUGAAAAAUGUUAACUUAUGUUUGAAUGGGGAAGGGGGUUGAAGCUUGAAAUGUAUGCUUACUCCCUGUUGGAUAAAUGUUGAGGACACCCUGAUGGGAGAGAAAUUGGAUGGAAUAAAGGUUAGUGUAUCCAGAGAUAUGAUAGAGGCACCAAUUACCUGUCUACUAUAUGUUUAAUUAGAUUUGAAUUACUGUCAUGCAAUAUUUCAAUAUAAGGCUGUCACAUUUAAAGGCAAUGGUCUGUGGGUUGUUCUCUGGUAUAGCCUUGUUUUGUUUUUCUACUCUGUACAAUGGUGUGAAUGAAUGGUGAAUACCAAUUUGGUGCUGUUACCACUCACCAAAAGCAAAAUAAAUACAUUCGUGUAUGACAAUUA